CGUAAACGUAAUCUAACCUCAUUUCUCCAAACAAAACGUUUAUAUUUUAAUUAAAAACAAGGUAUUAGGAAAAGUCUUUUAUGUAAAGCGCGCGAGAAUAGACUAUUCCUAAAAAUGAUUAAAUGAACGUUCUGUCUCAAGCUAAGGAAUUUAUUAUACGAGAUUGAACUAAGGCCACUGAGGCAGUCACAGCAACAAUGGCAGAUUUAUUUGUCGCUGUCGUUUGUUCUUCGAACAUGAAUCGUAGCAUGGAAGCUCACGCAUUCCUGGCUAAGAAGGGGUUCAAAGUGAAAUCAUUUGGUACGGGAGAAAAAGUGAAACUACCGGGUGCAUCAGCCGAUCGACCCAAUUGUUACGAGUUUGGGGUUCCUUACGAUGAUAUCUAUAACGACUUGUUGGACAAAGAUAAAACAUACUACACCCAAAAUGGAUUGUUACACAUGUUAGAUAGAAAUCGAAGAAUCAAGCCAUGCCCGGAGAGGUUCCAGGAUUGUAAAAACCGCUUUGAUGUGAUCAUCACAUGUGAAGAAAGAGUAUACGAUCAAGUUAUUGAAUGGUUCGGGUCAAGGAGGUCCAUCCACAACCAGCCUGUGCAUGUGAUCAACAUGGACAUACAGGACAACCACGAGGAAGCUACCAUCGGUGCAUUUCUCAUCAGCGACAUGGUUUCUAAGAUGGCGCAGAGUGAUGACUUGGACAAUGAUAUUGAUGAAUUAUUACAUGACUUUGAGGGAACAUGCCAUAGACCCAUUUUGAAUUGUAUUAUGUUUUAUUGAUAUACACAGUAUACACUUACUGUAUAAAUCCAUAACCAAUUGGUUAUGACAUUUGUUACUGCUAUGAAUUCUUACUUCAUAUAAUUUAUCAAUAUCUGGGAGACCGAGCUUUUUCCCAGAGAUAAGACCUAGUUAGAUCGAUUUUUCGUCCCCGAAAACCCCCUUAUAGCAUAUUUCAUCAGAAUCGUUAGAGCCGUUUCCGAGAUCCCCGAAAUAUAAUAUAUACAAGAAUUGAUUUAAUGGUAUAAGAUUUGUCUUGUUGCUAAUAUUUUGAACCUUUUGAACGCUUUUCCUCAAGCGUCAAGAUGUGGCCUACAUGCCAAUAUCUCGACUAGUGAAUAACGAAUAUAAUUGCUUUGACAGCAUCCGCCAUGACCACUUUAGUGGCUGGUAUGGCAGGCACGACCUAUUUAGUGACUCUUGGUGUCCAAAAGGUUAACCAUUUUUAUAGGUUAUAGGUUUUUAUAUUCCAGAUAACUAUUACUAAUUAUUUUAUGAAUUUCAACUCUGUAUACUCAAACACAUUACCGAUGUAGUGCAUAAUUGUUUUCCAUCAUACUUUUUGUACUGAGCCUGACUAAUAUAGCAUAAGAUAUUCAUGCGUUGCUGUGAAAGUAUGAUGGCUGCAAUGUUCUGCCACCCGAGUGCAGCACUAGCCUUUUUAGUAAACCAUAGAGUAACUUAUACAUACUGUACCUUUAACAGGUUUUCAACAAGUUUUCAAAGAUAAUAAAAUAUGACAUUGAUUCAUCAAGGUGGUUUGUUUACAGAGGACCUAAGGGGAAACGCGAAUCCGAAAUUUCGCUAUCUGCCUCUUUAUCGCUUGAAUAUGCAAGAGUGACAGAGAUGUUAAAUAACGAAGUUUCGAUUUUCUUGUUUCGCGAUAGACCCUCAGAUUGUGGUAGUGGCGCCCCCUUCGCAGAUAAUUUUGAACAAUGAAACUAGAAUUUUGAUAAACCUACCUUUCAUCUCCACAAUUAGGUACUAUUCUCUCCUUCCCACGUUCAUUUACUCUGUGUAUACAAAGGUAAAAUGUUACUAUUAGGGAAUGCAAAUUGGUUAUGACCGUAACUGAAAUAUUUCAUAUCCGAUUAUUGGAAACUUGAUUAACCGGGCACGGUUAUUUUAGGUUAUUUAUUUAUAACUUAAAUUCUAUGAAUUGAUCUACUAAUGACUACAAAAUUCUACCUUUUUCGGCUGUGACGCCUGUGACUAUAAUUUUUGUCAUUCGUGUACUUCAAGAACGAAAAUACUUAUACCAAAUUUACUUUCCUGAAUUAUGAAAUAUUUUGAUUGAAUAUUGU